ACUGUUGUUACCUACCCUCAUGCCAGCUGUGACUGGACUGCAGUGUUCCAACGAGAAGUGCCCUAAACUUAGCCAUAAUAAAUAAUUUAUUUGUAGAUUCCGGAAGUACUGGGGUAGGGUGUGGGGUGCCUUUUUGUUAUGAUUACAGCUGUAUUAACAACAGGGUUGUUUUGUGAACCAAUCUGUUGUUCAUACUGAAGAAUUGAUAUAUCCCUUUUGUUCGCAGGCUGUGGAAAAUCUCUGUUCUCACAAAGUCUCCCCAAUGCUGUACAAGCAACUACGUCAGGCCUGUGAAGACCACGUCCAGGCACAGAUCCUUCCGUUUAGAGAAGACUCACUAGAUAGUGUUUUAUUCUUAAAGAAGAUUAACACAUGCUGGCAGGACCACUGCAGACAAAUGAUCAUGAUUAGAAGCAUCUUCCUGUUCUUGGACCGCACCUAUGUGCUGCAGAACUCCACGCUGCCCUCCAUAUGUAUUGUUUCUUACUGUCUGUACAGGGAUAUGGGAUUAGAACUGUUUAGAACCCAUAUUAUUAGUGAUAAAAUGGUUCAAAGUAAAACCAUUGAUGGAAUCCUGCUGCUGAUCGAGCGCGAGAGGAGCGGCGAGGCCGUGGACCGGAGCCUGCUGCGGAGCCUGCUGGGCAUGCUGUCCGACCUGCAGGUGUAUAAAGAUUCAUUUGAACUGAAAUUUUUGGAAGAGACUAACUGCUUAUAUGCUGCCGAAGGCCAAAGGUUAAUGCAGGAAAGAGAGGUUCCAGAAUAUCUUAACCAUGUAAGUAAACGUUUAGAGGAAGAAGGAGACAGAGUGAUCACUUACUUGGACCACGGCACACAGAAACCACUGAUUGCUUGUGUGGAGAAACAGCUGUUAGGAGAACAUUUAACAGCGAUUCUGCAGAAAGGGCUUGACCACUUACUGGAUGAGAACAGAGUGCCGGACCUCGCGCAGAUGUACCAGCUGUUCAGCCGGGUGAGGGGCGGGCAGCAGGCGCUGCUGCAGCACUGGAGCGAGUACAUCAAGACUUUUGGGACAGCGAUCGUCAUCAAUCCUGAGAAAGAUAAAGACAUGGUCCAAGACCUGUUGGACUUCAAGGACAAGGUGGACCGCGUGAUCGAGGUCUGCUUCCAGAAGAACGAGCGGUUCGUCAACCUGAUGAAGGAGUCCUUUGAGACGUUCAUUAACAAGAGACCCAACAAGCCUGCAGAACUAAUCGCAAAGCAUGUGGAUUCAAAGUUAAGAGCAGGCAACAAAGAAGCCACAGACGAGGAGCUGGAGCGGACGUUGGACAAGAUCAUGAUCCUGUUCAGGUUCAUCCACGGUAAAGAUGUCUUUGAAGCAUUUUAUAAAAAAGAUUUGGCAAAAAGACUCCUUGUUGGGAAAAGUGCCUCAGUCGAUGCUGAAAAGUCUAUGUUGUCAAAGCUCAAGCAUGAGUGUGGUGCAGCCUUCACCAGCAAGCUGGAAGGCAUGUUCAAGGACAUGGAGCUUUCGAAGGACAUCAUGGUUCAUUUUAAGCAGCAUAUGCAGAAUCAGAGUGACUCAGGCCCUAUAGACCUCACAGUGAACAUACUCACAAUGGGCUACUGGCCAACGUACACGCCCAUGGAAGUGCACUUAACCCCAGAAAUGGUUAAACUUCAGGAAGUAUUUAAGGCAUUUUAUCUUGGAAAGCACAGUGGUCGAAAACUUCAGUGGCAAACUACUUUGGGACAUGCUGUUUUAAAAGCGGAGUUUAAAGAAGGGAAGAAGGAAUUCCAGGUGUCCCUCUUCCAGACACUGGUGCUCCUCAUGUUCAACGAGGGAGAUGGCUUCAGCUUUGAGGAGAUAAAAAUGGCCACGGGGAUAGAGGAUAGUGAGUUGCGCAGAACGCUGCAGUCCCUGGCCUGUGGCAAAGCGCGUGUGCUGAUUAAAAGUCCCAAAGGAAAGGAAGUGGAAGACGGAGACAAGUUCAUUUUUAAUGGAGAGUUCAAGCACAAGUUGUUUAGAAUAAAAAUCAAUCAAAUUCAGAUGAAGGAAACUGUUGAGGAACAAGUUAGCACCACUGAGAGAGUGUUUCAGGAUAGACAAUACCAGAUUGAUGCUGCUAUCGUCAGAAUAAUGAAGAUGAGAAAGACUCUUGGUCAUAAUCUUCUAGUUUCUGAAUUAUAUAAUCAGCUGAAAUUUCCAGUAAAGCCUGGAGAUUUGAAAAAGAGAAUUGAAUCUCUGAUAGACAGAGACUAUAUGGAGAGAGACAAAGACAAUCCGAAUCAGUACCACUACGUGGCCUGACGCAUCUGCAGACGGUUCCCCUUCAGGAAACACUAGAAUGUACCCUCAGAGCAGGAAGCACACCUGUGCCAUUUCUGGGACUCUGAUUGAUCCAGCUGUGGACAUUGGAAGGCGAAGGAAGGGAGGUGGCUCCUGGGUCAUCCUUCACAAGGCUCAAGACUUCAACCGGCAGAUGUAUCUUUUUCCCUCCAGUUUUUCCUCUAGUUCUUUUAGGCAUUUAAAUUGUUUCUGUUACUCUGUGCAAAAUAACUUUGAGAUUGGACAAGAAGAUAUUGCUAAAGAGAAGUUCCUUUAAAAGGUCUUGUUCUUGUGUCAAAAAGCUGAAAGUUUGGUUUGUUCUUGUGUGUGAUCAUGAAUGCACAAUGAAGAAGACCCUAGAUGCUGCAUUUUUUAGCUCUGAAGAUUCCUUAGGUAUCCCUGAAGACAGCUCGCUCAGAUGACCAGCAUUUAGAGUGAAAUAAGGGCCCUUCGUGGGUGAGCAUGAGAAAGAGCCAGGGUUCAAAGCUGGCGAAUGGAUGGUGCAUCCUAGCCACUGGCCUCUCUGUGUUUCCUGUAUUUCCAAAAGUGAUAAAUUUGAUGGCUGAUUUUUUGUAAGUCAGGUUUCUCAGUGAGCUCCCUGACGUGCCAAGGCCAUGGUGUCCGCCCUGCUGCGUCUGUUCGUUUCAGCUGAGUUGCUUGUGAAUCUCUGUUUUAGGGUUUGGGGCUAGCGUGUUUGUGUUUCCAUUCUAAGAUUGAGUCUGGCAGUCCCUGUUUUUUUGCAUUGGGGUAACUGCUCUUUGAUUUUUUUUAAUUGCAGUAUUUGUAUGAUUGCAAUAAUAAAGUUUGGUUUGGUUUUUACAGUCACGCGCAGGGAUGAUCCUUGUUCUCUGCUGUAAACUGUAAAAAGUUUAUGGAGACUUAAAAGUCUUGAUGUUGUGAAGCAGAGGUUAUUUUGUGGAAAGAUUAAAAGGAUUUUGUUGGUACCUGGUUUUGUGUUGUGUAUAUAUACAUGAGGUUGAACAGUGAAAGGAAAGUUCAGUGGUGAUGUUAGAAGGGUAACUAUGACAAAGAUACUUUUGAGAUAACAUUUAAAAGUACUUUAUAUUUUACAUAAUAGCAUGUUUCAUUUUGAUUAAAAGCUACCAAAGGAAUUUUGAUCAUGGCCUAAGUGUUUAAAGCAAUAUUUUCUGGAAUAUACCGAGUUUAUAUAAUUUGAUUUUGUGCUAAAUUAUUAAAAGAGUCUCUUUUUGAAACAUGCGGGUGGGUUUCCAUAUUAAAAUCCUCACUCUUUAAUAGUCAUUUCUAUCUUUGAGAAUUUUCAUUUAUGAGUUCCAUGAUAUGUGGUCUAAGAAAGACCAAAUAGAUUUCUAUUUUUAUUUCUUAUAUUUUAAGUUCGUUGUGUCUAGAGAUUGUUAAUAUUGUAAUUUAAUGUAGACUUACUUUGAAUAAAAUUAGUUUAAUUGGCCUUAAAAUUACAUUAAUAAAACUUUGUGAUAUGCAAA